CUUUCGAUAGCUUUUAUCGAAACAAAGCCAUACUCACUCACUCCUCUUCCUUUUUCUUCUUCGUCUUCUUCAACAACUGCAAUCGUUGACCUUUUUUCUGCAACUUCAAUUUAAACCCUUUACACAUUCUGUAAAACCAUUUAAUUAUCAUCACUUCACCCAACGAUUUCUGCUGUGUGGGGAAUGGGUAAUCGAUACGGUGGCCAUUAAUGAUGCUUCGGAGUUCUGACACCUCCAUUUCUCUCUCUCUUUCUUUCUUAUCUCUUGCUUUUAUACCUCUUCAAUUACCAAAAAACGUAACAUCAUAUCUCCAUGCACUGGUUUUCUGACACCUUAUGACUUUUCUUCCGCCAUUAACGCACUCACCAAGCUUCUUGAAUAAAAACGAGCGUCCAUCGUCAUAACCUUUGUGCAACUCGAAUUCCAUGGCGAAACAGGUGUUGAAAUUUCUUGCUGUGUUUUUCGUUGGGUUUCUUCUGUUUGGAUAUGUUGAGUGUGUGAAUUUGGAUUCGGCUACGAGUUUUGGAAUUCUUUUAGAGGUUAAACGAUCGUUCACUGAAGACCCGGGGAAUGUUCUUAAAGAUUGGUCGAAGAAAAACCAGAGUUUCUGUAACUGGUAUGGUGUUACCUGCGCCGGAAAGUUAUCUCAGGUGGUGGGGCUCAACCUCUCCGGUGCAUCAUUGGGCGGCGGAAUCUCGCCGUCGAUUUCACUUUUACAGAACCUGCUCCACCUUGAUCUUUCGUCAAACCAGCUCUCUGGUCCCAUCCCACCUAAUAUCUCCACUCUCAGCUCCUUGUCGUCUCUCCUCCUCUUCUCCAAUCAACUCUCCGGCCACAUUCCGCCGCAGCUGGGUUCUCUCUAUAACCUUGUGGUACUCCGUAUCGGUGACAACCGCCUCACUGGCCCUAUCCCACCUUCCCUCGGUGACCUCCAGAAUCUAACGGUCCUCGGUUUGGCGUCGUGUUAUCUCUCCGGGGUAAUACCACCGGAGCUAGGAAAGCUCACGAGCCUCGAGAAUCUGGUUAUACAAAACAACGAACUGGAAGGACCCAUCCCGCCGGAGAUUGGUAACUGUUCGAGCUUAGUAGCGUUCACCGCCGCCGUUAACCACCUUAACGGUUCAAUCCCAGAUGAGUUAUGUGAUUUGAAAAACCUCCAAACGUUGAACUUGGCAAAUAAUUCGUUAUCGGGGGAUAUUCCGAGAAGAAUCGGCGAGAUGAAUCAGUUGGAAUAUUUGAAUUUGCUCGGGAAUCAGCUCGAAGGGGAGAUUCCGAAGUCGGUGGGUCAGCUCGGGAAUCUAUGGAAUCUUGAUUUAUCGGCGAACAAGCUUUCCGGUGAAGUUCCCGGAGAAGUAGGGAACAUGGGUCGGCUCCAAUACCUUGUCCUCUCAAACAACAGUCUUUCCGGUGGUAUUCCGACGACGAUAUGUUCCAACACCAGCACCACCAUGGAACACCUGAUGAUUUCACAGAACAUGUUUUCCGGUGAAAUACCCAAAGAAUUGGGAGAUUGCAUUGCUCUAAAACAAAUCGAUUUCUCCAACAACACACUCAACGGAACAAUUCCGAUCGAUCUUUUCAAAUUAACCAAUUUGACAGACAUCUGGCUCAAUAACAAUACGCUCACAGGUUCUGUUCCUCCCGCCAUAGCUAAUCUCUCCAAUCUCGAAACAAUAUCUCUGUUUCAAAACAAAUUCAAUGGCGAAUUACCAAAGGAAAUCGGGAUGCUUCAGAAGCUCCAGAUUAUAUUCCUGUACGAGAAUCAAUUUUCAGGAAGAAUCCCAUUGGAGAUCGGAAACUGCUCGAGCUUACAAAUGGUUGAUUUCUACGGGAACCAUUUCAAUGGUGAAAUUCCGGUGACAUUCGGGCGGCUCACCCAGUUAAACUUUCUCCACCUGAGACAAAACGACCUCUCCGGCGAAAUCCCGGCCACGUUUGGCAACUGUCAUCUCCUCACCAUUAUAGACCUCGCGGACAACAGUCUCACCGGUGGAAUUCCGGCCACCUUUGGGUACCUGAGAUCGUUAGAACAACUCAUGCUCUACAACAACUCUCUUCAAGGCAAUCUCCCGUUAGAGUUAACCAACCUUGCAAAUUUGACUAGAAUAAACCUCAUAAACAACAAAUUCAACGGAAGCAUUUCUCCUUUAUGUAGUUCGAAUUCGUUUCUCUCAUUUGACGUCACCAACAAUGAAUUUUCCGGCGAGAUUCCGGCGGAAUUCGGGAAUUCACAAUUCCUUCAGAGGAUACGGCUGGGACGGAAUCGGUUCACAGGGCGAAUUCCUUCGGAAUUGGGGAAAAUUAAAGAGUUGUCCCUCUUGGAUUUGUCAAGUAAUUUACUUACUGGAUCUUUACCACAUGAGUUAUCGAAGUGUAAAAACUUAACUCACAUCGAUCUAAAUAACAACCUUCUUUCGGGUCCAAUUCCGGUGUGGCUCGGAGACUUACCAUUGUUAGGGGAAUUGAAGCUCUCAUCCAACAAGUUUAUAGGCUCGAUUCCGUUGAGUUUAUUCAACUGUUCCGAUCUUUUAAUCCUUUCGCUUGAUUCCAAUUCCAUCACCGGAAUACUGCCUAAAGAAAUCAGCAAGCUUUCAUCCAUCAAUGUCCUCAACUUGAACAACAAUCAACUUUCCGGCCAAAUCCCGGAUUCCAUCGGGAGCUUAAGCAAGCUGUAUGAAAUCCGCCUCUCGGGAAACAAUUUCUCUGGUGAAAUCCCCAUUGAAAUUGCAAACCUCAAGAAUCUACAAAGUGUUUUGGACUUGAGUUACAAUAACUUAACGGGAACAAUCCCGGGGUCAAUCGGGACAUUAUCGAAACUCGAGGUGCUAGACCUGUCCCACAAUGAGUUGACCGGGACCGUUCCUCCUGAACUCGGUACAAUGAGUAGCUUGGGCAAACUCAACCUCUCUUACAACAAUCUCAACGGAAAACUAGACGACGGCUAUUCCGACUUACCGGCCGAUGUUUUCAUUGGAAACCACGGUCUUUGUGGGCCACCUCUUGACAGUUGUCGGUUUCCAAGAAACCGGCAACCAGGGCUGAGUGAAGCAGCAGUGAUCACAAUCUCGGCUAUUUCCACAAUAACCGCGAUUGCACUGAUGUUUCUCGCAGCCCUGUUAUUCUUCAGAAGAAACCGGUCCGGCUUUGUAAAAGCCGGAGACGGGAGUAGCAGCACCGACUACUCUUCGUCGUUUUCAUCACGCGUGCAAAGAAGAUCGCUUUUUUUCAAACGGGGCUCCACGAAACGGGAUUUUAGAUGGGAUGACCUAAUGGAGGCCACGAAUAACCUAAGUGACGAGUUCAUAAUCGGUUCGGGCGGGUCGGGGACAAUUUAUAGAGCCGAGCUUUUAUCCGGUGAGACUGUGGCCAUUAAACGGAUACCGUGGAAAGACGAUGUGUUUCUUGAUAAGAGUUUUGCAAGAGAAGUGAACACGAUUGGUCGGAUAAAACACAGACGAUUAGUGAAAUUACUCGGGUAUUGUAGCAAUCGAGGAGCAGGGUCGAACCUAUUGAUUUAUGAGUACAUGGAGAAUGGUUCGGUUUAUGAUUGGUUGCACCAUGAACCACAAAACAUCAAGAAAAAGAAGACCCUUGAUUGGGACACGAGGUUAAACAUCGCGGUUGGGUUAGCCCAAGGUGUGGAGUAUCUUCACCAUGAUUGUGUCCCUAAAAUCAUUCAUAGAGAUAUAAAAUCAGCUAAUGUUCUUCUUGAUGUAAACCUGGAUGCCCAUUUAGGCGAUUUCGGGCUUGCAAAAGCUAUUCACGAGAACCACGAGUCUUCCACUAACGAUUCCUUGUGGUUCGCAGGGUCUUAUGGAUACAUUGCUCCAGAAUACGCGUAUUCUUUUAAGGCAACCGAGAAGAGUGAUGUGUACAGUUUGGGGAUUGUGUUGAUGGAGUUAGUGAGUGGGAGGAUGCCGACAGGGGGGACGUUUGGUGAAAAUGUGGAUAUGGUGAGGUGGGUGGAGUCGCGAAUCGAAAUGGAGGGACCAAAACGUGAAGAACUGAUAGAUGAGGGGCUGAAACCGUUACUUCCUCAUGAAGAAAAUGCUGCUUUUCAAGUUCUUGAGAUCGGGCUUCAGUGUACUAAAACUGUUCCUAGUGAAAGGCCAUCUUCAAGGCAUGUUUGUGAUCUUAUUAUGCAUGUAGUUAAGGAUGGAGUUUCGAAUGCUGAAAAAAUGAGUCGUGAACCUUAUGUGUAGUUUGGUAGUGAAUUUUAAUGAAAAUGGGUGUGUUUUGAGUUUUGACUGAUUGUAGAUUAUAUGAAAGGUUUAUUUUGUUGAGUAAUAUCAUAAGCAACGAGUGUA